CGGGAAAAUAUUUCAACCAAUUUUGUAUUUCUUUUUGGCUCAUGGUUAAACAGCAAUGCCAAUGUCACUUUCAACGCAAGAACCUGCAGAUGAUGAUCAAUUCUUAAUGAUUGCCAAAAUUGAUAAUGCCAGAAGUGUAUCAAACAUUUUAAAAGCGAUACAUUUUAAAGAGACUGCGACGGUGUUUGCGAGCAGUAUGGGUCUGAAGGUGACUGUGGAGGAUGCUAAGUGUAUCCAGGCGAAUGCCUUCAUCCAGGAGGGCAUCUUUCAGGAGUACGCCAUCAAGGAAGACCAGCUCACAUUCAAGAUCAACCUCACUGUCCUCCUGGAGUGUCUGACAAUAUUUGGGAGUGGGCCAGUGGGAGGUGCAUGUACAAGUUUGAAAAUGUGUUACCAGGGAUAUGGCUGUCCUCUCAUUCUCAUACUUGAGGAGGAUGGUGUAUUGACAGAUUGCAGUAUCAAGACCCUGGAGCCGGAUGAGGUCCUUGAUUUUAACUUCUGUAGCACCAAUGUCGUCAAUAAGAUCAUCAUGAAGUCGGAGUGUUUAAAAGAGGCUUUCAAUGAGCUGGACAUGACAAGUGAUGUGCUGGAGUUCCUCAUGUCGCCAGACGCCCCACACCUGCGACUGUCGACCUUCGGCAAUGCCGGCAGCACCACAUCAGAUUUCCCAAAGGAUUCAGAUAUGGUGGAGUCCUUUCAAUGUUCACAAACACAGACAAACCGGUACAAAGUGUCACUGCUGAAACCUUCAGUGAAAGCCCUAGCCCUGUCCUCCAGGGUUUCCAUACGGACAGAUAAUCGGGGAUUCCUGUCUCUACAAUAUAUGAUAAAGAACGAAGAUGGCCAGGUCUGCUUCGUGGAAUACUAUUGUGCCCCAGAUGAAGAUCUUGAUGAUCCUGACCACUGACCUUUCCCCAAGGUUAAUUAACAGUGGGACUUGAAACUGUAAUGAAAGCCUCAGCUAUGUCAUAUCAGGGGCUUAAACUGAGACUGUGUCAAGUUGAAUAUAUGAAUAUUAGAAAAGCAGCCCUCUGUGAACAUGGAAUAAAAUAGACAAGAUUAUGCUGCUGUGCUGGUUUUAGCGUGCUAUACACGGAUCCAAUUGAAAUAUUGUUUUAUUGUACAUAUUACCAUUAUUUAUUUGUUUAAGGAUUUUGUGUAGUUCUUGAUGAUUAUUCUACAUUCUGAAUAAAGAAUGAAAUAUUA